GUUUGAAGCUCUUCGAAACAACAAUAGUCCAAAUACCAGCGCGGCGACCCGAGCGAUGAGCUCAGAACGUGGCUUUCCUGGAACUUUCGCAGACAUGGUUAUCACCGCUGACACGCUGAGCGAUCUUGAGCUUGCACAACAAGGUGCACAAGAAGCGGCCCAAGAGAUCUCUCGUGCCUCUGACACUAGAGCGGUUCAGCUUCAGUCGGUUACCAAUAUCAGCUCCGCAACUCCUCAUCAAGGCGGCUCUUGCCCAGAUCCAACCAGUGAUGACUCAGGUCAUCCUCAAGCCUUUCCCAACUUCAUAUGGCUGCCUUUGGAGCUUCAGCAAAAGAUCUAUUGCGAGUAUGGUUUCCCUCAACGACGCAUAAUCAAAAUCUCACCCGACAACUUUCUCGCUCAAGUCCACAACGAAAUCACGGGCGAAAAAAGUAUCGAAACAAUCCUCCGCGCCAAGGCCACCAUGUUCAUAUCUCCACUUGCUAGUGUUUGUAAAGAAUCACGUAAGAUGACAUUGGGUGAACGUUAUCUCACUGGCUUCCGCCUAAGAUAUAUUCGCCUGUACUUCAACUUCGUUGACGAUACCCUCUUCUUUGAAAAUGCGAAGGCUUUGGAAUCGCUUCUAGGCCCGCUUGGUGACUAUGAACAGCGAGAUGCUGAGGAAGAGGAAUAUUUGGCUCGUGCAUUUGGAAAGGACGGUCCUGUAGGUCUUCCCAAAUUUCUCUUCUCCUGCCUCGCAAAAUCCACGAAGGCCACAUGUGACAUUCCGAGCUGAAUAUCGUACUACUUUAGAGGAAUGUCGUCGUGGCAGGAUCUUCUCAAAGUUAUGAAGACUUGUACCACAUCCUCAAACACUUCGCUUGGGUUGACACUUUGGUCAUGGAGGAGCUUGCGCGACUGGCAGGAACUCCACUGAAAACAGUUUACAGCCGAGAAAGAGAGAUUCGGACUCACCUGGAGGAUCAUUGGAUGGAUCGCCGUGGCUCUAACGCAAUUUUGCCACUGGUCAGAUUCCUUCCACGUCAGAACAUCCAGUUGAUGGGAGCUGCAGCCUCUUUCGUUGAGAGUGUUAGCCGGUAUUGAGAUGAGCAUCGGAAAGUCUUUUCUGGAAUAUGGCGCAGGAAGGAGCUUGAAGUUGGACAUACUGAUGAGGACUACAACGGAGUGUUUUGUUUUUGAUAAAGUAAACGAGUAAUGCAACGCUGGUACAAAGGAGAGAGAGCAGAUACAGCGUAUGAUAAGUGCAAAAAUGUCACAGGGUCGCAAACAGGUAAGAG